AUUUGUUGGUACCAUUAUUUAUAUUAUUUUAAUAAAUUUGAGCGAAGAGAAUGCGUUGAUGAUACGAUAGCUUUUGUCUGCAUUCUGGAUUCUGAGGGCUGAGGGCUUGAAUCUUGUUGAUCGAUGGCCUUCAUUCUCAUAAUUGCUUCUCUUGUUCUAUUUCUGUGGAUCGUUUCUCUUUGCAAAGUUCUCCUUCUCCCCCGCAUCCCUUUCGCCAAACAUUUUACGAAUAACAAUGGCAGAGCAUUUCGGAAGAGAAAUGUCUUGUUGGUUAUUGCUCAUCCCGAUGACGAAUCCAUGUUCUUUACUCCAACUAUAAAUUUUCUGACUUCAAAGGGGCAUAAUGUUCAAAUACUUUGCUUAUCUAUAGGUGAUGCAGAUGGCAAAGGAAAUAUCAGAAAACAAGAGCUUUUUCAGGCUUGUGUAGCCCUCAAGGUUCCGAUGCAACAAGUGAAGAUUGUCAACCAUCCUGAUCUGCAGGAUGGUUUUGGUAAAGUUUGGAACCAUAGCUUAUUGGCAAAGAUUAUUGAGGAAGAAAUAACCAGUCGUUGCAUUGAUAUGAUUAUUACCUUUGACAGCUAUGGUGUCUCAGGUCAUUGUAAUCAUCGUGAUGUGCAUUAUGGAGUAUGCAAGCUACUGCAUGAUAUUUUACAAAGGGAUAUUGAAGUUUGGGAGCUUGUUAGCACCAAUAUUUUGCGCAAAUAUAGUGGUCCUGUUGAUAUCUGGUUGUCCAUAUUUUUGACCAUGCUGCACACAAAUGGAACAAUGCAGUGCUUGGUAAAUGAACAUUCCCGUAGGAGCGGUAUUGCAAUGGCCCAACAUUCAAGCCAGUGGGUGUGGUUCCGCAAGCUUUUUGUAACCUUGUCCAGUUAUACCUAUAUGAACACUCUUAGAAAGGUAAAGUAAAGAUGCAAUGCUGAAGGAGUUGUGUUGCUUGUGAGAUCAGCUUUCAUUUUUUUGCAAACCUGCUCCUGCUCUGUAUCUAUAAUCUUUCUUCCGGGUUCAAGCUAAAUACAUUAUGUGGAUUGUACUCUGCGGCUCAAGCAGCCUUUCACUUUCUCAUGACAUGAUUGAACGGAAUCACUGCUAAUUUUCUUCCAAAUAUCCUAGGUGCAUAUCAGUGGUCUGGUCUAAGUUUAUCAGAUUUUGUUUACUGAGUUUUCAAUUUAUUGUAUUGAUAAAGUAGCACAAUAAUAUUCUUUACUACCGAUGUAUUAGCAAAUAGCCAUGAAUCCUUCGUGACUUUUUCGAUCAAUCUUGAAUCACCCACGGGCUAAAACUUGUAAUUAAUUGUCCUGUAAUUAUAUUAUAUUUGGCCAACUUAUUUUUUUUAUCGGUAGGAAUCAAACUCAGAUAAUUUGGAUUUA